UCCAUACCGCGCACUCUGGUAUCUAGUCUCUCCGGAAGAGGCAUUUAUGACGAACGAUGGCAGUGAAUACAUCGAUAUGGCUAAUAUCGUAAGUAUAUGAUACGAUUUACAAUGACAGCGUAAAAGAUGCAACAAACCGAAUGUUUUCUGCACACCGUAUGAAACACAAAUUACUCUCAAGCGGAAUGGUCUCGUCUACAUUGACUUGAUCAGGACGAAAAGUAGGUAAACAUUGUUGUCAUCUGUAGUCCAAUAUAAUUCUGCUUUUUUUUUGUCAAACGAUCUGCGGAUUAGGCUCAUAGUCUAAAUUAUGGCAUUGGCGUCGAUUUUAUCUCUAACACGUGAUGACCGAACUGAUUUGCUCUGAUUCCUCUUUUAUUUAAACUGGGACUAACAGGUAUUUCUAAGAAGGACAACUAAAGGCUCGAUCUUUAUGAUAUCGAAUAUAUCCCACAGUUUUCAACACCUGCUUAAUCUAUCCUGUUUCGUUGAGCCCGAUGACCUUAAUUCCGUUCUUUAUCACGCAAUAGAAUUAAAGCUCAAAAUAUGCUAUCAUGCAUUAAUAUACAGUGAUUUCCAAACGAGAUUUCUGUCGCGUUAAUUGUAAAUUGACAGUCAGGAAAAGUGAGCGGCUAAUUAUCUAUUAAGUUUGCUGGGCUUUCUUUUUUCAAAUCCUUUUGCUUGUAUCUUGUUGGGCUGUAGGUGUUUUUCUGGUUUCCCACAUUGAACAACACAGAGAUGCCCAGUUGAACUUUCGAUGCCUAUUACAUUCUUUUUGCGUCGUUUUGUUGUCCAUCUGUUACGGUGCAUAAUAAUUUGAAACUCACUUUGACACCGCGUUGUUCUGCUGAGAAAAAGGGCAAGUUCGUGCUUUGCGAUCGCACCCUCUUUGCUAGAGUAAUUAAGCAGCUAGUCACCGCUACCCUUAUUUAAACCCAGUAGUUCGCGAUUGUCAACAAUAGUUGCAUACGCUUGUCUUAAAGCAAAUUGUGUAAACUAGGGUCAAUAGUUAUUGAUUACUAACUGAAUCAGGCCUUACGCCCUAUUAUUAUGCACAAACAUUCUUUGUUAGGCAACCUAGGCCAGUGUAUGCACGAGCGUUUUUUCAGAACGUUAUGCUUGAGGAAAAAUCAGCUUUGUCUUGUCACAGCUAGAAUCACUCACCGUAAUCCACCUGUGAUGCCAUUGACACGCCCCUUUUUCUUCCACUAGAUGGCACUGCGCGCAACGAAUGAAACGACGUUUCAUCUCUUACGUACCUACGCGGUAAGCCAGUAUUGAGCUAACUUCUAAUUUUGAAACAAGCGCCACUUAGCUUUGGCUAUAUAUAAAAUUUUCAGCUUCCGUCUAUAGCGGAGCUCUUGUCUAUGGAAGACCCGACGCCGUAUCUAUCCUGCUAAACGAAUCAAACUGUCAAAUAUCCGAAGCGUUAAAUCCUAUUGUUCAUCUGCCUUUCUGCCUCAGUGUAAGAUAUCAAUAAAUACCUAAACAGGUAAAUUCAACGCAACACAGCUUGACAACACGUGGUACGAUAGCGUCAUACGCCUAUGCUUAGCUCAUCGAAUCAUUUGCAUCGCAGAAUCGGAAACAAUCAGCUGUGCCUGGAUUUCCGCGACCGGUGUAAAAAUAUUUUUUGCGAAUAUUUCCGAAAGAAGACGUUAAGUCAAUGAUACUCGUUAGUCGGUCAAGAUAGUGCAAUGAUUUAUCUGUGUUUGCGCAGUGCCAUUAGGGGAGAUACAGGAAAACUUCGAUAACUUAGUUCCCGAUAACUGAUACGGUAAAUAAUAGCUAAACGUAAGCCUUAACUUUGACAUAGCGUUCUCACACGAUGGACGCUAAAUGCUUAAUGGCGAGGUAGGUUCAGUAACACUCAGAUGGAAUAUUUACAGAUAAACUGAGCAAUUUUCAACCUGGUUAAUCUACAUUGCCGUACUACUCCAUAUGAUUUAUUUACAACAAUACUUCUAUAGCUUUUUAAUUUUUUUAAAAGUCUAGUUUUGCAAUCAAAUGUUCAUCGAGCUCUGAAGUCAGGCGACAGCAGCAGAAAGCGCCGAUGCUAAGUAAUACAUCCUGGCUUUGCCUGAACUCGCUCGACGCGCUAAUACCUAAACGUAAAUAAAUCUAGUAAUGCAAAAGCAGACAUCUGUCAACAAAUGUCACUGUCAAAAUGUCUCAGACAUGCUAAAGUCUGAUUGCGCGUCUUCAGCCGCCGCUAGUAACGAACGUUUUUCAGAGAUACAACAAGCCGCGAGAAACCGCAUCUUUUUCCAGCAGCCUAACAUUUUGAUGGCUGUGUUAAUACAUUCGUUCAAAAUUUUUAUUUAAGGAGGGCAUACUUUUGGCGGAUGAUAUAUACAGAUGAAUGGUUUUAGAUAGCUAGGCGACGAAGCCACUGGAUAGCCAUCACGGCUAUGUUCUAGAAGUACGCGACAAUGAUCUAUAUUUAAAUAGGUUCCUCAGUCAUCCCGUUUCCGGCCCGUCGCUGGUGGCGUAAUAAAAUUAGCGAUGCGAAUCCUUUACAUAAAUCAACGUUGACUCUGUGACAUGUUUAAACCCAACAUUAUUCCAAUAAAAGGUCCGCGAAAACGAAAGAACAUAGAACAAGCCAGUAGCCUUGGCUCCAUUUCACCGCUGAAUCACGUGAUUUAAAUUGUCGCGCACAAAAAUGCGAUAGAAGCAACGGUGGCUUGGUCGGCCACCAGCGUAUUUGUUGUCAUCACCACUGUGCCUGCGAAUGUUAUGAUAUUUCAAGCUAAUGCUAUGUUUCUACAAAGCCGUAACGGGUGAAGCCUUUAAAAAAUUUGUAUUCAAGUAAAUUCGCUCGCCCCGCCCAGCGACGCACUCACAGGAGAAUAUAUGAGGCAUUGCUGAUCGCGGAAGCUGCAAAUGAAAGUAAGGAUUCAGUGGUUGACAUGCUGUAUAUCAUCGCCCGCCCAGGGGGUCGAUUUUGUAACGGCACGAUUUACUCUUGGAAAUGCAUACUUGCUUCCCUGUCUCGCGCGACGAACGAAAUUUAAGCGCCAUCACAGCACGGCAGCAAGAUGAGCUUCAACGGAACGUGUCUGUUUGUAGUGUUUUUUUCAUUAUCCUGGCCUGUCAACUAGAACAGAGACUCGCACGCAGCAGCAGCAGCAGCAGCAGCAGCAGCAGCAGCAGCAGCAGCAGCAGCAACAGCAGCAGCAGCAGCAGCAGCAGGAUCGAUUCGAACUAGAUCUCAUUCAUGACAUCAUGGAACACAAAGUUUGUCGCUAAUUCCACAUUUAGUUCUAGGAAAAAUACUGAAAUUAUCCUCUAUAUAUAUAUAUGUGUAUAUAUAAUAAGUCAAUUGAUAUAUUGCAGGACACUGAAACACUAUAACCAGGCUUCUUUUUGUCUGCCUAGUUCUUCGUACGGCAGAGACACAGAAGUCCCAGAAUCAAGUCUUACGUGUGAAGUAGUGAACUGGUUACCGUAUCAGUUAGUUACUUUAUAUUCGAUAAAUGUAAACGAACUUCUAAUUUGUGCGGGUCAACCAUGGAUGUCUGCAAUCUGUAUAUAUACUACUUAAGUCGUUUCUUAUUUCUUGUAGAUCAAAUAAGAAAUAAUACUUUUAAAUAUAUAACGAGCAUUGCUUAUGGCAAUCAAUAGAAAUUUAUCACUAUAUAAAAAUAGUCGCCUAGGUUCAAUUCCAAAUGCAUUCAAUACCGGUAUCAAAAGUAGCUUCUUCUGCACUCGGCUUCCCAGUAGAGUAUCAAAUAAAUUAGGGUGAUAAGUCCUUGACAAAGAUGGCAAUUUGUCGAAAUACGUUAAUGUAUUUGCUUUUUAGGAUCUAACGAAAUAUGUAGAAAGGGACCGACGAGGCCUGUCCUACAUCUAACAAUAUGUUUACUACGUUAAAAUAGACUACACUGCGUCGUAACGUGAUAGGACUUAUUAAUAUAAUAGUAACUUGACGUUCCUACUCCUUUUUUAUUAUUAUAAACGUUACAUAAAAGAAAAAAUAAAAUGAUUGACCACACCGUUUACUACCUACAGCGUCGUCCUCACUGCGGCUUGUCCACAUGCGAUGUAAUUUAAAUAAUUCUCCACGUUCGUCGUGUCUACGCCGAUGAAGCUAUCAUUUGUAGUAGCGAUGAACUUUGUUUCUCUGGUCUUAAACGCAAAAGGUUACCGCUAAAAUGACUGAAAUUUCGUAUCUAAUACGCGAUAACUAUUAAAACUCAUAGAUUAGAAUAAAUAAAAAUGUACUCUUAAGUGUACUCGUGAAAUCUGUCAUUUAAUGAUUGUUCAGUGCAUGCGAACGAUGCUCUUGUGCAGUCGUAACCAACAAACCAGAGAUGGCAUUGUUUUGGCAGUAAAUAGUACUUUUACUGGGCGACAAGCAAGCAGGCCUGUUUACCAACAACGGGUGCCGUAAGACUACUUUGGACCGGUUGUUCAUACUGCUGCUUUUGUAAACCUACGCAUGUAACGCGGUAGGACAAGCAUGGCACCACGUGAAACCGUUAAUUAUUUCGCCGAAGUUUUUUUUUUGUCAAAUUCGACGCAGCAACAACGACUGGACAGUUCCGCGCUUCAUUGUCCGUAACGUUUUUACUGAAAAUUAGAAAAUGUUUCUGACGUAACGUUAUUAUUACGCGGUGUACCCAAGUGAUUAGGUUGUACAACGUCACUCUCUGCGAUAGCUUAUCCCAGGUCUACAACCAGCAGCUGAUGAAUACGAAACGUUUACGGGCAAGUGUCGAGAUAGUACAAAGUAAGCCUUGAGAAAAUAGCUUGUGACAGCUGGAUAUUAAUGAACACCUACUUUUCCGGGCUGAUCUGGAAGAAGUUAUGUGCUGGUUCAAAUGAAAUCAGCUGGCCUGAAAGCAGUAACGGUGUAAGUGGGACAAGAAACAGACGAAACGAUUGGUUUAUCGUAGUUCUUUCCUCUGAUCAUCGAUCAAGGACUAUGACUUUAUUUAAAAUCGAGGAACAACCUAUUGACAUAACAUUGUGCCUAAAGUGGUUAUGCUGCAUGGAACAGGCUAACGAAACCGGGUUGAAUCGUCGUACCAAACAUAACCAUGGAACUCUGCUUUGAAUACGCGAUGCGCAGAGAGGCCUAGUAAAUGACUGAAAAAUUACGACCGUACCGGCAUUUCGCAACCUUAUUAUUAUUCAGGGCAUUUUCCUUCUAAUUGUCGGACGAAAGAUUCUUCAUCCAUCUGAGGUAAUCGUCAACGUUGGUCAAGGUAUGAUCAUGCAGGUCAUACGACUUAUCGUCGGUCUUGGUGAAUUCUACCUGUAUGACCAGGUUUACAAUAGGUGGCAUUGGAUCGAUGCGUCACGUUGGGACCAGUGGGACACUUGGAUAUUUGGAGCAAUUUUCUUCGAUUUGUGUUUCUACGUCUUCCACAGAAUGGGACACGAGGUGCAUUUGUUCUGGGCGAUGCAUCAGGUACAUCAUUCAUCAGAGGAGUACAACUUAUCAGUAUCACUUCGACUAUCCCACUUUCAUGACUUCGUACACUUCGGCCUUAUCUACGUGCCACUCGCGCUCUUUGGCGUACCUACGAAAGUGUGCUUCAUUCAUAAAACAUUGAAUUUGCUAUUUCAGUUCUGGUUACACAGCGAAUACUGCCCGAAACUCGGCCCAAUAGAAUGGAUUUUCAUCACCCCAAGUCACCACCGUGUUCAUCAUGGAAGAAACACCAAAUACCUUGACCGCAACUACGGCGGAUUUCUUGUGAUUUGGGACCGUCUAUUCGGUACAUAUCAGGAGGAAGAAGAGACGCCUUCGUAUGGAAUUACAAAACAAAUUAACACCUUCGAUACCUUCUACAUUCAACUGCAUCAAUUUCGCGAAAUUUAUCGGAAUGUACGAGAUCGAGAAGGAUAUCGGAAUAAACUUUACUCGAUAAUAAAAGGGCCAGGCUGGGAACCCGGUUCACCUUGGACAGGAUGGACCCACAAAGUACCACCUACCAAACCCGAGCGACCUCGUUUCCGGGCGCAAAUUUCGUUAUUCUGGGUCGGUUACACUUGGCUUCAAUUUGCCCCCUUUGCCGCUGUUUACGGAGAGGUGGUGCAGUACUACCACGAUAUGCAUCGGAGUUCGCUGGUGUUUAUCCUUGUUUAUAUGUACGCGUUCCUCGAGGCGCUUGGAUUUAUCUUUGAUAAGCGCUGGUUUGCUCCCCACUUCGAGGUCGUACGCUGCGUCAUUUUCAUUCUCAUGCGACCCAUAUUUCUUGAGGUGUAUUCUGUUGCUCACGCCACGCCUCUUAAAGAAUCACUCAUAUCGAUAUCGUAUGCACUUACCGCGGUAUCUGGGAUAGUCUGCGCUUUCGUUGCUAUCUACUCGUAUUACAGAAACCAAGGAGAGAAAGCAACGAGACAACAUGAGGAGGUAUCAAACGUCAUCAAAUUUGGCCGCGAGGUCACACAAGAAAUGUCGAAGGAACAACGCAAACAAGAUUAACAAACCAGUAACAAUAUGACACUUUUCAACGAAAUGUUUGUAUCGUUACAUUUUUGAUAUUUAAUUGGAAGAGCUACUUGACAAAUGUUAUUCUUGUUAAAUUAUAAAUAAUAUAGAACUCCGAGUGCUGGCCGACAGCCAGCCGAGGCGGAUCCACAACAGCAUUACGUGUAAGAAGAUAAAAAGAAAAAAAAAUGACGUUGGCUAUACUUAUGUCUCCGUUCGAUGAUUGCUGUGCGUAGUAUUUCCACACGUGUCCGCCUGUUUAAAACAAACAUUUAUUGCUUACUUAGAUAAGCGAAAACGGUUAUUAACACACCAGUGGGAAUCAGAAUGCUGUUUAGUAGUAAGUAUUCGAACCAAUUAUUAGACCACUAGGUCAAUGCAGAUACGAAAUUUAGGUUUAUAGAAACUGUUGGUAAAUGUUGUCUAUGAUAUAAGAUUAGUUUUUCUUCGGUUGGUAACAAGUUGUGAUUUUAAACUGUGUUCCAGAAUUGGUUUCGAAUAGUUCGAUCCGCGGACAACUUUCUGGGGUCGGGACAAACACUGUGUUCUGCCCUUUUUCGUACCAUAUUUUCAAAAAAAGGAUAGUCCAGUAAAAAAAAAAGUCCUUGCAAAAACAUUGCUCUCAAAAGCAACCGAGCAUUUUAUACCCUACUAGGUACGAGAAAACAUGACAUCGUUGAGGCACUAGAUCCUCAAACUCCAACUUUUUCUUCAGAUCUAACGUUUUCAGACUUGGAUUUUCAUGGCAAACAGUAAAAAGCUGGUUUUGAAACAAACUAUAUCACUAUAUAUAGUCGAUAGUUUUAUUUUGCAAAGUGGAAGAGCGGACACAUAGUGCGCACUUAUUCUCUUUCUAAAUUACAGUGAUAUUUGUUUAUUUUAAAACUAAUCGUUCGUUUCUCGUCUAUACACAAAACGGCGCGUCUAAAUUGAGAAUUGUUUAAAUGCUUUAUUUCUAAGGCUAUAUCUAAACGACAGCAAAUACUUGAACGGAAUUUUUUCGUAUGCGGUAGAAAUGUGUUCAUGAUAGUCACGUUUAUUCAAUCGCAGUUUCAGCUUGAGUUCUAAGCUACAGACUAGUCGUUUCCAAAACACUCUUUCUGCAAUAACAGUAUGUCAAACGAAAUCGUCAGAUGUAUGUUUAAGUACGCUGCACGCAAAAAGUCCCAAUAAAAUUAAAUUUUGGGUGGACAACAGGCCAAAAGCCUUUGUAGAAAUUUACAGAAAAUUGUACUUUAUGGAGUGACCCUGGUUUAAUUUCAAAAUUGAACGUCAUGCAUUAUUUGCAUGUUUAUAAGUGCACUAGGGCAUGAUAUACGGGUCUAUUUAUGUAGUAUUUCAAAUAGAUCAACAAAAGUCAUGUUUAUUGUUAACCAUCACACUGGCUGUGAUUGACUGUGACUUCGAAUCCUUGAUCUACCCAGUAGAUAUUCUAAACGAAUGCUUUAUUAAGGGAAUCAAUUUUGAAUCUUUCUGCUGAUCUGACGUGACCGUUCCUUAAUAAAAGCUUCCUAGUAAAAUUUUGUAGGCUCGAUCAUCGUGCUUGCAUUUGUAAUUUGAAAGUAUUACGGUAGACCAAUACUGAUGUGCGGAUAAUCGAGAUUGAUAACCACAAUAUUAAUUAGCGGAUAAUAAAAUUGAUAUGCAGAAUAAUAAUUCACGAAUAACUGAAACUAAUUUAAACCGCCAAGGACCAGGACCAGAACCAAUCUAAAAAAUCUCAUAGUUAAGUCCUCAGUGACCGCAGCGUAGUUAAGGCUACCUGCAAAGUCAUGCAUAGCUCCAAUGUAAAUGUUUCCUGCCAUUUUAUGUUUGGAUUAAUAAAAAAAAAUUGAUGUAGGUAGCAUGACGCUUACAGUUAUAUAGCUCUCAUUCCCCUAGUUUGAAGCAGAUUAAGGUUUGCACACCUGUCGAUCGUGCGCAGAAGGUAUGCUGAACAAUUAGGUUAGAAGGUCCGGUCGUUAAGGGCUCAAAGAAAAAUCCGAACGAUAUGUUACGUGUUAGCAGCUCUAAGCAACGUUCGAAUUGACCUAGUUCGCAGCCCAUUUUAUACUCGGAAAUUUACGUAGCUGUUUUAUGCUGUCUUCAGAAUAUAAUGAAUAAAAAUCAAUCGCACCCUCAUAACGCUACCUCAACUUACGGUACAUGAAAGAGGUAAAAUAAACUGGUGCACUGAACACUCACAUGGUGUCAUAAAUAAUAAA